AUGCGAGUGGUUGAACUGUUAGAAAAGAUUCAAAGAGUCUCUUUGAGGGCCAAUAUCAAGGAUUCAUGGAGAUGGCACAAGAACGUCUACACAAGUAAAGAUGCAUAUUCAUUAAUCAUGGAGGGGCUGUUCACCCUUGUAGGGGAGGAUAAGGAAUUGGCGGCGGUGUGGAGUAACCUAAUCCCUUUGAAGGUCUCGGUUUUAGCUUGGAGAGUGUGGCAAAACAGAAUUCCCACUAGAGAUAAUCUUGUUAAGAGAGGCAUCUUGGUUGACUCUCAAAAUUCAUGCCCAUUUGGCUGCGGCGAAGAGGAAAGUGUUUCUCACAUUUUCUUCGAAUGUAUCAGUAGUGGCGGAAAAGUGCUGAAAGACAGAUUUUCUGUCAUUUGGUUCGCGUGUCUUUGGACAAUCUGGAAAAGGAGGAACGAGAAGAUUUUCGGUACCCCGGAGCGGUGUAGAAGUCCCAACAUAUUUGAUAUUCAGGAGACCUCUUGGAAGUGGCUAAAGUAA